UAAGCAGUAGCACGAGCUGUCAGUGAUGGUUGCAUUGUUUACAUAUUUUUCUUCCAGGGACGCGCAGCUUGUUGACGACGAAUUUCCAUUAAUUUUCCGAUAAAUAUAACGUUUGCACCAUGGAUUUCCAAAACCGUGCCGGUGGCAAAACCGGCGGCGGAGGCAUGGCUUCCUGGUCCGAGAGCAACCGCGACCGGCGUGAACGGCUCCGGCAGCUCGCACUGGAAACGAUCGAUCUCAACAAGGAUCCCUACUUCAUGAAAAACCAUCUCGGCUCGUACGAGUGUAAGCUGUGCCUAACGCUGCACAACAACGAGGGCAGUUACCUAUCCCACACGCAGGGCAAAAAGCAUCAGGCCAAUCUUGCCCGGCGUGCCGCGAAGGAAGCGAAAGAAGCGCCGUGGGUAAUCCAGCCGGAAAAGCCGCGCAUCGAGCCGAAAAAAUUCGUCAAGAUCGGUCGUCCCGGUUACCGUGUGACGAAGCAGCGCGAUCCGGAGAAUGGGCAACAAUCGUUACUCUUCCAGAUCGAUUACCCGGAAAUUACGGACGGUAUUGUGCCGCGCCAUCGGUUCAUGUCGGCGUACGAACAAAAGAUUGAACCACCGGACCGCAAGUGGCAGUACCUGCUGUUUGCUGCCGAACCGUACGAAACGAUCGCGUUCAAGGUGCCGUCGCGCGAGGUCGAGAAAACGGAGGGCAAGUUCUGGACGCACUGGAACAAAAACACCAAACAAUUUUUCCUGCAGUUUUCGUUCAAGCUGGAACCGAAGAUUAUUCCACCGCCGCCACCUAACGUGCACCGUAUGCCACAUCCGGGUCGUCCGAUGUUUAAUCCGGUUCCACCGCCGCCGAUGGGUGUUGUGCCGGUACCGGCACCACCGCACAUGUAAGUUGGUGGCGGGGAGGGGAAAGGAGGGCGAGGGGCAUGAAUAUACAGCGUCAGGAUAUUCUAUCGAUUAAUACAUAAUUUUAAUGGAUUGUGAAGUAUGUAAAA